CCGGUUCGGAGAGGCGGAAACGGCAGAGUGGUUGGGUGGCAGCGAAGGCUUUCCUUAGGGAGUAAAGAACUAAACGUUCUUUCUACAAAUGGCUCAACAAGUACCUGAAUCAAUCAACUUCCCUACUGAAGAGGAGAAAAUCCUAGAACUAUGGAAAUCUCUUGACUGUUUCCAAGAAUGUUUAAAGCAGUCCAAAAACCGCCCAAGAUACACUUUCUAUGAUGGGCCUCCCUUUGCAACGGGUCUCCCUCACUAUGGGCACAUCUUGGCCGGCACUAUUAAGGACAUUGUUACUAGAUUUGCUCACCAAAGUGGCUUUCAUGUAGAGAGAAGAUUUGGCUGGGAUUGCCAUGGAUUGCCAGUGGAAUAUGAAAUUGACAAGACGUUGGGAAUAAAGGGACCAGAGGAUGUGGCCAAAAUGGGCAUUGCUGAAUAUAACAAGCAGUGUCGUGGGAUUGUGAUGAGAUAUUCUCAGGAAUGGGAGAUCAGUGUGACAAGGCUGGGCCGCUGGAUUGACUUCAAAAAUGACUACAAGACGCUCUACCCAUGGUUCAUGGAGACUGUUUGGUGGGUGUUUAAACAGCUUUAUGACAAAGGACUAGUGUAUCGAGGUGUUAAGGUCAUGCCAUUCUCUACUGCCUGCAACACUCCUCUCUCCAACUUUGAGUCCCACCAGAACUACAAGGAUGUCCAGGAUCCCUCUGUCAUUGUCACCUUUCCAUUGCUUGAUGAUUCAGGUGUAUCUUUAGUGGCAUGGACAACAACUCCCUGGACCCUGCCCAGCAACUUGGCCCUGUGUGUUAACCCAGAGCUGAUCUAUGUUAAGUUGAAAGAUAAAUCCAAUGGAAAUGUGUAUAUACUGAUGGAAGCCAGGCUGUCUGCUCUGUACAAAGCUGAAAAUGAAUAUGACAUUUUGGAAAGAUUUCCUGGCAAUAACCUCAAAGGAAAAAAAUACAAACCACUGUUUCCCUACUUUGAGAAGGCAUCAGAAAGAGGAGCAUUUACAGUUGUGACUGAUAACUAUGUGAAGUCUGAAGAAGGCACAGGAGUGGUGCACCAGGCACCUUACUUUGGAGCUGAUGAUUACAGAGUCUGUAUGGAUUUCAAUAUCAUCCAGAAGGAUUCAGUUCCUGUGUGCCCAGUUGAUGCAUCUGGCUGUUUCACCAAGGAAGUGACUGACUUUGCAGGACAGUAUGUCAAGGAUGCUGAUAAAAACAUCAUAAAGCUGCUGAAGGAGCACGGGCGAUUGGUGCACAGCAGCUCAUACAAACACAACUACCCUUUCUGUUGGAGGUCAGAUACACCUCUUAUUUACAAGGCUGUUCCCAGCUGGUUUGUACGAGUUGAACACAUGGUUGAUAAACUUCUUCAGAACAACAGUCAGUGUUACUGGGUGCCUGAGUUUGUGAGGGAGAAGCGCUUUGGGAACUGGCUGAAGGACGCACGUGACUGGGCCAUUUCCAGGAACCGUUACUGGGGAACCCCCAUCCCUCUGUGGGUCAGCGAGGACUUUGAAGAGGUUGUAUGUGUGGGAUCUCUGGCUGAACUGGAGGAACUAACUGGCACGAAAGUCACAGAUCUGCACAGGGAGAGCGUGGAUCACCUCACUAUUCCAUCACGCCGCGGGAAAGGUUCCCUGCGACGCGUGACAGAGGUGUUUGAUUGCUGGUUUGAGAGCGGUAGCAUGCCUUAUGCACAGGUGCACUACCCAUUUGAGAACAGGAGAGAGUUUGAAGAUUGUUUCCCUGCUGACUUUAUUGCGGAGGGUAUCGAUCAAACCAGGGGGUGGUUCUACACCCUGUUGGUGCUUUCCACUGCUCUCUUUGGGCAGCCUCCCUUCAAGAAUGUUAUAGUGAAUGGGCUGGUGCUGGCCAGCGAUGGGCAAAAGAUGAGCAAAAGUAAGAAGAACUACCCUGACCCAAUGCAAGUGAUAAACAGCUACGGAUCCGAUGCACUCAGGCUGUACCUGAUAAACUCCCCAGUGGUUAGAGCUGAAAACUUGCGCUUUAAAGAAGAUGGUGUCCGGGAUGUGCUCAAAGAUGUCUUCCUUCCCUGGUACAACGCCUACCGCUUCUUAAUGCAGAACAUCUACAGGCUGCACAAGGAAGAAAACAUUCACUUCUUAUUUAAUGAGAGCACCAAGCAGCAAAGCAACAACAUCAUGGACCAGUGGAUAAUCUCCUUUACUCAGUCUUUAGUGCAGUUCUUUAAGGCUGAAAUGUCUGCCUACAGAUUAUACACAGUGGUCCCACGGCUUGUUAAGUUUGUUGAUAUGCUCACAAACUGGUACGUGCGCAUGAACCGCAGACGGCUAAAAGGUGAGAGUGGUACAGAAGAUUGCCAAAUGGCUCUGGAAACCUUGUUCAGUGUCCUUUUCUCCAUGUGCAGAUUAAUGGCUCCAUUCACACCAUUCAUCACUGAGAUGAUGUACCAAAAACUGAGACUGUUAAUAGAUCCGUCUUCUAUGCAGGAUAAGGACACAAAGAGCAUCCACUAUCUAAUGCUGCCCACAGCCAGGGAGGACUUGAUUGACAAAAAGAUUGAGAGUGCAGUAUCACGCAUGCAGUCUGUUAUUGAGUUAGGAAGAGUCAUCCGUGACCGUAAGACCCUUCCUGUUAAGUACCCACUGAAGGAAGUGAUAGUCAUACAUCAAGACUCUGAAGCCCUAGCGGAUAUCAAAUCUCUGGAAAAAUACAUUAAAGAGGAACUUAACGUUAAACAAGUUACAGUUUCCACGAACAAAGACAAGUAUGGAAUUCGGCUGAGGGCAGAGCCAGAUCACAUGGUACUUGGAAAGCGGUUGAAAGGGGCUUUCAAAACAGUUAUGGCUGCGAUUAAAGAACUGAAGAGCAAUCAGUUAGAAGAAUUUCAGAAGACUGGUUCCAUAGUUGUGGAUGGUCAUGAGCUACAUGAGGAGGAUAUUAGACUUCUUUAUACUUUUGAUCAAGUGUCUGGAGAAGAUGCUCAUUUUGAAGCUCAUUCUGAUGCCCAGGUACUGGUCUUGCUAGACGUUACACCAGACCAGUCCAUGGUGGAUGAAGGUGUAGCUAGAGAAGUGAUUAACCGCAUCCAAAAGCUAAGGAAAAAGGGAAAUUUGGUUCCAACUGAUGAGAUCACCAUUUACUACCAAUCACUCCCAGAGGGAAAUUACCUACAGUCUGUUAUUGAGAGACACACUGACUUCAUUCUAGCCACCGUCAAGUCUCCUCUGAAACCUUACCCAGUGCCGCCAUCUAGCAAUGUCGUUAUAAAGGAGAAGACACAGCUGAAAGGGUCUGAUUUAGAAAUUACUCUGGUCAGAGGGUCGCCACAGCCUGUUGCUGGAGAUUCUGGUCCUGCCUGUGCCUAUGUCAAUCUGAGAAUAUCUGUAAAUGGCACAGAACAAAAUGGUUGCCUACUACUAGAGAAUCCUAAAGGUGAUGCAUUAUCUAAACUGGCUGAGCUAAAAGCUGCUGUCUGCAACAUAUUCCACCUGAGCCCCCAACUUAGCAUGUACUGUGACAGAACAGAGCUCCGGAAUGACUGCAACCUUUUAAGUCUUAGUGGGAAAACCCUGCAUGUUUCUUCUGCAUCACCUGCAGAGGUAUCUCCUGAUGGAAGCCAGCUGCUGUGUCAGUAUAUCAAUCUUAGGCUAUUAAAUGAAGAGAGGCAAGGAACACUACUGCUGGAAAACCCUAUUGGUCAGAAUGGUCUGACGUGCUCUGGUUUGUUCCAUGAAGUAGCUAAAGUUUUCGGGCUUAGAAGCAGACGGUUUAGAUUGUUUUUAGACUCGGCACUAAAUGAAGAGUUGAAGCCGGGUACAGCUCUGUCAAGCCUUAAUCAGAAGACCCUUUACGUGCAGGUCCUUCCUACUACAGCUGAGUGUUAGCGGGUCUCUUCCCUAUCUGAACUCCUUUGCUCUUGCCACUGAGCUGUUCUAAUGGAAUCCAACAUGCACACUCCCUGUAUCCUCACAGGAACCAAGAGAACAGCAAAACAGCUAUCCAUGUGCUGCCCAGACAUCUGAGAAUUUCCCAAUGUAACAAUGGAAUAGUAGUGCCUAAGGCGACACCUCGUCUUGGGGUGCUGGUGGCUUUGUGCUUAUCCUUAUUCACUCAAUAAAAUCAGCAGUGCAGGCAGGGACACUAUGACGACAUCCUGCCCAUCCUACUACUGCCCACUCUGUGCCCAGUCUUCCUUGUAUUUUACACUAAAUAGCCCGUACAGUACAAGUGGCUUAUUGUGUGCAUACUGUGUAACCUUAAUGCAUAUAUAUUGCAUUUAUAUAGGCGAAUGGCAUCUUUGCUUGUCAGAGCUCUCGAGCAUUCUUUCUAGAUCUUAAAUUAACAGUGUAAUCUAGUGAUUGAAAUAUAUAGCGAUUAUCCUGUCUGUGGAGAAUGCAUCAUCCAAGGCAAAUCAUAUUGGCAGCUUCUGCCAAUAAACUAUAAAGAGAGCUGUGCAUACAACAAGCUUUGUACGUAGACAUUUAAUGUAAAAGAAGUGAAAAAUAAGAACUAGUUUCUACCCGGAGCUUCCAAAAUGUCAGGUCUGGGACAGUGUUAUUUAUUAGCUAAGUUUUAACCAUUUGUCUGCAAAAUUCUCUUUGAUCUAUAUGUAUUUUGGAACUGGAUUCUUCAUAGCACUUUUCAGCAAUUAAAGUGUCUUUCAAAUGAAA